CACACUAGUAGCCGCCGUGCAACGCUUCGUACGCCUAUGCUUAAGCUAGUGGAUAGCCUCCGGUAAAGAUGCGUCUGCGCAUCGAGCACGUGCACCCGUCACGCAUCACGAACACCCAGAAAUUCGCUUAGUUUGUCCUGAGACUCCAUGCCACUCGCACGCAUGGAGGCCCGGUGCUUUUCCCGCGCAAGUGACUAUGAAAAAGCAACCUGAUAUUUAUGACGUGGGCCUGGCCGUUGUGUUCUCGAUAGCAGAUCUUAUAAGAAGUAGCAGCACUGAAGAAAUAUUUUCAGAUAAGAGUACGAGAGCGGAUGUGUCUACAGCGAGACUCGGGCAGCUGAGGGCCCCGGCCUGAUGGCGAGCGCGGUGCGCGCGCUGCUCGUGACGGCGGCGCUGGCGGCGCUGGCGGGGGCGCAGGCCGCGCGCUUCGGCGACCGCCUCGCGCCGCGCGUGCCCGCCGCCUACUCGCCGCGCAACGCGCCCUCCGCACACCACUACGUCGACAAUGAGUACGACGACGUCUACGAACAGGACUACGAGGAACAGAACCUCUCUGUCGAGGAAGAGGAACCGCCUGAACCCGCACCUCCUCUGCGUCGCCCUGCGCGCACUGAAGCUCAUCGCCUUGAGAUGAGCACCGAAUACUUCGUUAUACCAGAACGAAUUUCAUCGCCACCGCCACCUUCUACAUCCACAACGGUCACGCCCCAACCGCAGCCGAACUUGACCAUUGUACUAGCACCAACACCGCAAAUUAUGGGUGCACUACGGACAGAAUCCUGGGCAGUACCUAUAUUAGCUCUCGCUUGCGUUAGUAUGGUGACUCUCGGUGGGUUCGAAGCAUUUGUAAUAUGGGGAGCGAGUCGCAAGGCUCCGAGCCAUCGUCACCUACUGCUUGGACAGACAUUACUAUUUGGUUUGUUUUCGUGUGCCGCUACGGCUGCCUUGUUUGCAACAACGCCGACUGCGUUCACAUGCGGUGCUGUCCGGUUCGGAACGGGCGUCUCGUAUGUAAUCGUAUUCGCAUCACUCCUAGUAAAAUGUGUUUUUUUGCUUAGUUUGAAUGGUGGAGUGUAUCUACCGGCAGCGUACCAAGGACUCUUACUGUUUUUCGCUGUAAUGAUACAAGUAGCUAUCGGUGCCCAGUGGCUUGGCGGCUCACCUCCACGAGUGAUAAGCGGUGGCGGCCGAUGUGACGUGCACAUGUCAGAUAUGUUGCUAUCGUUGUGCUACGCGGCGUUCCUGAUCGCGGUGGUGUGUGGAGUGGCACUGCGGUCGCGCGGCAUCCGCGACAACUACCGCGAGGCGACGCACAUCGCGGGCGCAGGUGGCGCCACCGCCGCCGUCUGGGUGUGCUGGGUGGCGGCGGCGCUGGGCGCGCCCGAGCGCCACCGCGACGCGUGCGUGGCCGCGGGGCUGCUCGCGACCUGCGCCGUCGUGUUUGCGCUCAUGUUUGCUCCGAAGGGCCGGCGACUGGCGGCGCUAGGCCGCGAAGGCAGAUGGGACGCGGACCGCGACGAGGGACUCAGCUCCUUGGGAGCCGGGGGCUCCGGCUACUCGCCCUCGUUCUUCCACUUCAAGCCGGUGAAGUACGGCAUGGUGUCGGCCGCGGCGCCGGCACCCGUGCCGCCCGCCGUGCUGGACCGUAAGGAGCCGCCCGCUCAGCCAGCCGAUCCGUACGGAGGGCUGUUCGCGAACUCGCCGCACCCGCACUCACGCGUCCUGUAUACUCCGCCGCACUACACUAUGCACCCCCUUAUGCUAAACUAUCACUACAAUUAUCCGCCUUAUCCUUACCUUCUGCCGCCAGGCGUGAUGGUGCGUCCGGAGGAGGGCAACGUGUACACGAGCGUGGAGCCCACCUUCAGCAGCAACCCCAACGUGUACUUCCAGCGCACGGAGCCGUUGCACGUCGGCAUGAUGUACUGAGCCUCUGACAAACCACAAGUUCCGAAGCGAACACUGGGAUUUGCAGCGCGACGCCAUUGUCACUUGCCCCGGCAACCUGUGACACUCGACACUGUGUGACGAACAGUGCCAGCUGCUGCAUAAACCACUCCUGCACACACUACAUAAGUAGCCCCCCAGAGUUCAAUAAUUUAUACUAUUAAAAUAUUCCAAGAUUCACACACAAUAGUGUCUAAUCCUCAUGCAGAUUACAUGGAAAGAA